AUAUCUCAUCUCUAAUGUGAAUAAUUCACCAUCCUCAUCAUCAUCAUUAUCAUAAUAAUAAUUCCUUAUUAAAGAACUAAUUAAACAGUGUGAAAAUCAUAACAAUAAACAAAACGAAAGGAAAAAAGAUUAUUUAAUAUGAAUAGUCCAAGAGGAAGUAAAAUCGAUGUGGAAACUAGUGAAGAUGAUGAAAAAUUAAUGAAAGAUUGUCAUGUAACUAGAAAAAGAAUUAGUGAACUGCGAGAAAUAUUUCGAUUUAUCGAUCGAGACAAUGACGGUACAGUGAGCAGACAAGAAUUUAGUACGUUGAUACGUCUUGUCAGUUCGGAAUAUACGGAUAAUCAAAUCAAAUUGUUAAUGAAUAAAGCAGAUAUGAAUGGUGAUGGUGAAAUGGCUUUUGAUGAAUUUGUUCGCCUGUUAUCCAAUGAAAGUGAUGCUCAUGAAGAAGUUUCAGCAACACGUGAAGCAUUUGAAGUAUUCGAUACGGAUAAUGAUGGUUACAUAACAGCGUCAGAACUACGUCAAGUAAUGACUCGAGUUGGACACAAUUGUUCCGAAAUAGAGGUUCAAGAAAUGCUGUCUGAAGCUGAUCAAGAUGGCGAUGGUAAAGUUACAUAUGAAGAGUUUGUUGCAAUGCUUAAAGAAAAUUCCUCUGAAUGAAAAUUUAUUUCUACCAUCACUAAUUUUCAACUUCAUUUUGGUUGUUUACAGGAGUAUAUUUUUUGUAGCUCAGUCCGUAUGAAUAUAUAUUAAAAUACAUCUACAUAAAUAUAUACUCAUAUAUACAUCAA